GCGCGCUCUCUUGCGUUUCUCAGGUCCUCGGCUCCGCCCCGCUCUAGACCCCGCCCCACGCCGCCAUCCCCGUGCCCUUCGGCCCCGCCCCCGCGCCCCGGAUAUGCUGGGACAGCCCGCGCCCCUAGAACGCUUUGCGUCCCGACGCCCGCAGGUCCUCGCGGUCCGCACCGUUUGCGACUUGGUACUUGGAAAAAUGGACAAGGCUUGUGAAAUGAAACGCACCACACUGGACAGCCCUUUGGGGAAGCUGGAGCUGUCUGGUUGUGAGCAGGGUCUGCACGAAAUAAAGCUCCUGGGCAAGGGGACGUCUGCAGCUGAUGCCGUGGAGGUCCCAGCCCCUGCUGCAGUUCUCGGAGGUCCGGAGCCCCUGAUGCAGUGCACAGCCUGGCUGAAUGCCUAUUUCCACCAGCCCGAGGCUAUCGAAGAGUUCCCCGUGCCGGCUCUUCACCAUCCCGUUUUCCAGCAAGAGUCGUUCACCAGACAGGUGUUAUGGAAGCUGCUGAAGGUUGUGAAAUUUGGAGAAGUGAUUUCUUACCAGCAAUUAGCAGCCCUGGCAGGCAACCCCAAAGCCGCGCGAGCAGUGGGAGGAGCAAUGAGAGGCAAUCCUGUCCCCAUCCUCAUCCCGUGCCACAGAGUGGUCUGCAGCAGCGGAGCCGUGGGCAACUACUCCGGAGGACUGGCCGUGAAGGAAUGGCUUCUGGCCCAUGAAGGCCACCGGUUGGGGAAGCCAGGCUUGGGAGGGAGCUCAGGUCUGGCAGGGGCCUGGCUCAAGGGAGCGGGAGCUACCUCGCGCUCCCCGCCUGCUGGCCGAAACUGAGUGUGUGCAGUAGGAUGGAUGUUUGAACGACACACACGUGUAACACUGCAUCAGACGCGGGGCGUGGAGGCACCGCUGUAUUAAAGGAAGUGGCAGUGUCCUGGGAA